AUGGAUCAAAGCAACAAUGGAUGUGUGAAAAAGAUUAGCAGUGUGAAUCUCGACAAACUUAUAAGUGACUUCUCACAAAUAGAAAAGAAAAUCUUGGAAACCAGUGGAAAGAAUAACAUAUUGAAUAUUCAGCUGGACAAAACUAACUGCUUAUUAAAAGCACUGCAAACAAAGGAGGCUUCUAUUAAAGAAGAAUGUGUCACACUUCAUAACAUGAUCAAAGGACUACAACACACCAUUGAGUAUCACCAUAAUUUAAAAGAUGAAAUUGAACAACUAAAAAGAAAUGAUGAAAUUAUGAAAGAAAAAUUAAAAUCCCAGGAACUGGAGUAUAAAAAUAAUACUGCCAAACUUAUGAGUGAAAUGAAAGCCAAAGAGGAAGAAUAUAAGAUAGAAAUUGGAAAACUUUAUCAGGACAUGCAGAAAAAAGUUGAAUUAUGUGAAGAGAAGCAUAAAGAACUUGUAGGGAAAAAGGAUGUGGAAAUUUCAGAGUUAAAUGCAAAAUUGAGAGCUCAAGAACAGGAAAAACAAAAUGAAACUCUCCAACUACAGCUAGAGUUUGAUGCCAAACUAGCAACAGUUCAAGUUAAAUCAAAAUCAAAUCCAGAUUCUACUGCUUUAGCACAUAGUAUCUACAAAAAGAAAUUUCAGCAUCUUUUAGAAGAAAAAAACAAGGAGAUUUCGAUUCUUCGAAAUACCAUUCAUGAAUUACAACAACGCCUUUCUGCUGUGAGAGAUUCCCACCUUAAAUCUACUGACAAAAAUUCUAACCUUAAGCGGAGACGACUUUGA